UCUUGAUUAACGAACAUCAGUUUAUCGCAGAUACAAUUGGCAGUGCACACUUCACGAUGGUACCAUCUGUAAAAUUCUACAAUGGCAAUACGUGUCCCAUAUUGGGUCUCGGCACGUGGAAGUCAAAACCAGACCAAGUAAUUCAAGCUGUGAAAGAUGCCAUUGAUGUAGGAUAUCGACAUCUUGACUGCGCUCCAAUUUAUGGAAACGAGAAUGAAGUGGGUGCAGCGAUUACUGCAAAAAUUAAAGAAGGUGUUAUCAAACGGGAGGAUAUUUUUGUCACUAGUAAGUUAUGGCACACGUGCCAUCGACCAGAACGAGUCGAGGCUGGAUUGAAGAAAACUUUGAACGACCUUGGUCUCGAAUACCUGGACCUCUAUCUGAUACAUUCGCCAGUUGCAUUCAAAGAUGGAGAAGAAACUGUACCAAAAGAUUCCGAUGGUAACAUCUUAACCGAAGAUACCGAUUAUCUCGAUACCUGGCGCGCCAUGGAGAACCUUUUGAAAAAAGGUCUCGUGAAGAAUAUUGGCCUAAGCAAUUUCAAUUCCCAGCAAGUAGAACGAGUACUUGCCAAUUGUACGAUAAAACCGGUGACUAAUCAAGUGGAAUGCCAUCCAUAUUUAACUCAGAGAAAACUUUCCGAGUUUUGUAAAUCCAGGGAGAUUACGAUCACUGCUUAUAGUCCUUUCGCAACUCCCGACAGUCCUUUCGCUAAACCUAACGACCGAUUGGUAUUGGAAGAUCCAAAGCUCAAGGAACUGGCUGCUAAAUAUAAAAAAUCACCUGCACAAAUAGCAUUACGGUAUCAAAUUCAACGUGGACAUAUAGUGAUACCCAAAUCGGUAACAAAAUCGAGAAUCCAAGAAAACUAUGAAAUUUUUGACUUUGAACUUAGCCCUGAAGAUAUGAAAGUAAUCAAUGGCUUGGAUUGCAAUGGAAGGGUCUGCAUUAGAUCUGGACUUGAACAUCACAAGUACUUCCCAUUUAACAUUGAGUUCUAAUAUUGGAUUAUGCAUAACAAGAUUAAAAGAAAUAUAUUUACUGAAGUAAUA